UCUUGUGAAAAUUGGUUCCCCGCCGCAUGGUUGGGUUUCGCGCUACGCUAGGCGUAUAAUGUCACGGCGCGUUGUCGUCGUGUUAUCGCGAGUCUCGAACGCGUACUUCAGCGAUUCUCAAACGUUCGAACUGUACAGUAACACCUGAAGUGAAUAAAGACUGCUAAGCGGCGGUCUUUGUUGUGUCUUGACAAGUAGCCGUUCGCCUGGGCCAACGCAGCUGGCUGGGCUGUCCCAACUUUACGUCACCAUGUCAACCACGUCGAUAUUGAAGAAACGUGGUCCUUCGACAUCGACAGGCGUCGCCGAGAACCGCGUGGGAUUCAAGCUGCCAACCGCCGACGACAUCGAUGUGCAGAUGGCUUUUACGGAAGCCAACAAGUCUAACGUCAUGGCGAGCAACUACAGGCAGCUGAUCAAUGUCCUCAAGUCGACCGACGUCGACGAUGAAGCGUUGGUGAGGUUGCUGAAGCGCAUCAAGAAUUCUGCACCUCUGAUUGAGAGGCACAACGAUGAAGUUCUGGAUUGUGUCCUGAAAAUCAACCUGCUCAAAAGGAACGUUGGUGUCAUCGAGGCAUUUUCGCAGCUGGCCUGCGACAUGGUCUUCAUCCAUCCUGCGUUCCUCAGGGGCAUUGUCGUAUCUCUCCUGAACACCUUCAUGUCACCAGAAGCCACAUCAAAGGACACACCAGAGCGUGACGAAAAAUUGGAGAGGCUUCACGCACUGUUCCGGCUUCUCUUCAAGCUCGUGCCUACAGCUCCCACGCGAUUCGUCGAGAUCCUCGCUGAGGUGUUUCCCUACAUGAAAAGGGACGGUGUUCAGCAAGCCUCGCUUGUGGGACACCUUCUGCGCGUGGCAUCGUACAUCCCGGACCACAGGUUGGAGCUGCUGCAGCUGCUGACGCACAAAGCACUGCAGAUUGAUCUGCACUGCCCCAAAGAUGAAAUCAACGAGGCUGAGCUUGAAGACGACGAUGACGCCAUGGAAGGAGAUGACAUCUUUGAAAUGGAAAAAGCCAACGGAGCAGACUCGGAACGAAUGCAACAUCCCCUCGCUGACACGCUUGACCAGGUUCUAAACCAGUUCUACCUGCAUUUCCAACAACACUGCAACGUCAAAGACGGCAGCGACAUGACCAAGCUGGACUGGGAGAAGACGAAAGUGCUCUUCAAGGACUUCCUGACCAUAUUCGACAAGAUAGUCCUGCCGACGCACAAGUGCUGCCACGUGCAGUUCCUCCUCUUCUACCUGUGCAGCUUCCGACCCGCUGCCUUGGCCGUUGCCUUCCUGGACUACCUCUGGAAGAAAGUCCAGAACCCGGCCACGUCGUGCAUUGUGCGGCAGGCAUCGGCAUUCUACAUCGGGAGCUUUCUGGCUCGAGCGAAAUAUGUGCCUCUCAGCACGGUGUGCGACUCCCUGUCCCUGAUGUGCCAAUGGGCGCAUGGCUAUAUGGCGUCAUUGAACGAUGGCGGCUUCUGUCAGCCCCAGCACGAUGUCCAGCGGCACGGGACCUUCUACGCCGUCUGCCAAACUGUCUUCUACGUGUUCGCCUUUCACCACAAGGGCAUCGCAGACGGCGCGAAAGGCCUGCAGUACCUGCGCGAACUAAACCUGGAGGCACUGGUGAUGUGUCCACUGAACCCCCUGAAGGCGUGCCUGCCCGCCGUAGUCAAGCAAUUUGCCUCGAUAGCACGCCACUACCAGCUUGUCUACUGCUACAGUGUCAUCGAGCGCAACCAGCGGCUAGCCUUGCCCACGGCCGGUGGGGACACGCCCUACGGGGACGUGGUCCUCGACGCGUUCUUCCCCUUCGACCCCUACGUGCUGAAGCGCACCGGCAAAUGGAUUGAUCCGCUGUACAGGAAGUUCGAGAAGUCCGACGACGACGAAGAUGCGGACUUGGACGAUGAACCCGAGGACGACGAAGACGAGUUGAUGUGCAAGUCGCCGAAGUCGCCGAACUACGUCGCCGAGAUGUUCAGUUACGGCGCGUCGCCGGGCUUCAAGCGCAGCCUAUCUUUCAACCAUCACCGAUAGUAAAGAAGCCUAGUAGUAUAAUUACGUAAAGCCAGUAAAACCAGGGAUUUAUGUUUAUCGCUACUGGUGCGAAGCAGAGGGGCUAGAAUUUAGUCUUUUUAUCUUUUGCUUUGCUGCUUUUGACGUCGUCACGACACUGCCACUCGCGGACAAAAGAUCGGAGACGCAAUUGACAUCAAAAUGCAGCGGUGGCAAUAUGCGAAGGCGACGACUCUCAUUUCGCUUCGUCACCUUCUGCGACGUGAACUAAGCAUCAUCUUCCUGUGUCACUCUGAAGUGCUGUCAGUUAAGUUAUUCAACAAUAUCUAGGAAAUAAAAUGUAAAUAUUAAGAACUGUUGAGCCACUAACAGAAACCAGGUAGGGUCAAAAGUUUACAGAAUGUGGUAUCUGUGAAAAAGUGGAAUAUUAUAUGUUUCUUUUAUUUGUGCUUAUACUUUCUGAAACUAGAUUUCAUGUGUAAAUGUGUUUAGUGUUUAUGAGACCAGCAUAUUAUUAGAUAGUAUUUAACGGCUGCAAGCCAGAAGGCCUAGGUUCACAUUAAACUUUUUUUCCGAGCCCACAUUUUAUGGUAAACUUUAACCCAAGCCUGUAUACUGCAUUCUUUAAAAGUGAAAUGAGGACAUUGUGUGACCUGAAAGAUAUUGUACAGUAAAUGUGCACAUGACAUUACUCGGUGUGUAAUUAUUUGCUGAUCAUGCUUUUGUAAGUUUGGAAUCUUGCUGCGAAAUAAAAAAGGCUCAACAAACAUAUCUG